UCUGAGCGAGCAGAUGCUGGGAGCGUCGAAGUGUCGCUGUUUGUUUCAGUUUACUUCCUCGUUUCUCGUUUAUUUACAGAAGAUGGGCUUUUCAAACUUGUCGCGGACAAUUCUCUUUUUAUAUUGGGCUUUAAUAUUCGAGGUGCCUUGUCUAAAUUGCUUUCAGUUUAUUGAAGUCAGUCAGAAUCCACUUGUUGUUGUUAUUGGCCACAACAGUACAGAUGUGAAACUGCACUGGGAGUUUGACCUGGAUGGAGGUGAUCAUUUUAACAGCCUGGUCAUCAACAGAUACAAAUUAGAUGUUCAGGUUGAUCAAACAAAGGUGGAAAUGGCAAGUUAUUAUUCCAGUGGUUAUACCAAGACUAAUAAUGACWCUCUGUAUGCUCUAAAUGCAAGUGGUAUUUCACCCAGAGGGUUUGCCACAUUUUUAAUCAAAAACAUACUUCUUCAAGACCAUAACAAAGAUGGCACAAAGUUUGAUCCCCUAUACCCUGAUGUAACAUAUGUAUAUAGGAUUGCUGUAACAAUUCCAAACCUGAGACCAACUACCAGGGAAAAUAGAAUUGAUCUGCAAGUUGAGGUCUGUCAAGGCUGUGAUGGUGGAAGUGCCAUCCAGAACCAAACCAUCACCUUGUUGUGUAAUGCUACUGGUAAUCCCACACCAAAAAUCAGAUGGAUGAAGAAUGGGGAACAUUACAAUGGAAGCAGUACAGUAUCAAGUUCAAACAACGCGCUUGUCUUCCAACAAGUAGCAAUAAAUGACAAAGGAAACUAUACCUGUAUUGCUGACAAUGGGGUUGGUAAUCCGGACAAGAAGUCAUUAACUUUCUUUGUUAAAUGUAAGUAGGGAUUUGAUAUACCCAACAUAGUUUUUUUUCAUACCACUUAGUAUGAAUUAUAUUUCAAAUUAUUGAUGACCGAUUAAUAAGAUGAGUGGACCAAGUAGUAUAGGGAAUGGGGGUUCUAGCGCAGUGACCACACGAGGAUUUUCCGUUUAAAGUCACUAACCCGUGUUUGCGUAGCCCUCAUUCCCUAUGAGACCCCCAGGAUUACCCGUGGGGGUAACAGCGCACUCGAAAUAUGUUAGUUUACGCCAGGAU